AUGACGGACAAGGAUCCGCUCCGUUCUCCCUUCACACCAUCCGAUCCGCCGCUCAGUCCGAGAGCCAUUCAGUUCGCAGCCCAGUUACAUCCGUCACCUCGAGCGUCGCGCGACACUUCCCCCACCAAAUCGACUCCUCACCCACCCGCUAUCGGCUCCUCGAGCAUCGACAGACAGCCAUCGCCAGAUCCGCUGCGCAGACCUGCCUCACCAGAAGACAUGGUCAAGGAUUACGGCAGCGUGCCGCGCGUUGCACCAUCCCCCUCAAACACAUCCCGCCCAGGGUACCGCGCUUCAGGUCCAGGAAAGAUCGACCUGCCGCCUUCGCCAUAUCUCGGCACGGGCACCGAGCUGCUCACCCCGAAUGACGACGAUCUGCCGCGAUCGCCUGCCGAGUCACGUGCAAGAGCACCCAGCAUGAGUCCCAGUGUCGCCACCUCUGCCCAGCGUUCCAGCCAUCCUCGGAGCAUGUCGUUCAAGCGACGAGCUCCUAGUAUCCAACAGAGGCAAAAUUUCAUCCAGCGCGCCUCCAUGGGUGUCUUUCCACGACGUAUGGCGGGAAGCGAUGCCGGUGCUAGCGGCAGGAAUCUCCGUCGAGUUCACACCACCGGGAUUCCUUCUGGUGGCGCUGAUGGGGAUGACGACGGCAACAUCGACAUCGACGCCCUCAUAGCCUCUGCCGAAGCUCCCUCCAUUCCGCGUUUGCUGCCUACCGGCAAGUCGGAUCCGUACUCGACCCCCAUCCCAGCUUUGCCCUUUAUCGUGCUGUGUCUCGUCUGCUUUGGCGAGUUCAGUUCCGCCGGUGUCGCCGGUCCUUUCCUCUUCUUCAUGAUCGAAGACUUUGGCGUCGGCGGAGAGAGCGAGGUGGGUUUCUGGGCAGGUAUCGUCUCGGCCAGCUUCUUUUUCGCUCAGUUUCUCACAUCGCUCAUGUGGGCUUCGGUCGCCGAUAAGCGCGGUCGUCGCUUCGUGCUCGCCAUCUCUUUGCUCGGCAAUGCCGUCACCAUGAUGCUCUUUGGUACGUCCCGGAACCUCGGCACAGCCAUUUUCAUCCGCCUCGCACAGGGUUUCUUCAAUGGUGCCGUCGGUGUCGCCAAGGGCGCCAUUCGUGACAUUACCGACGAAACUAACGAGGGAAGAGCCUAUGCACAGAUGGGCUUUUGCUGGGGCAUGGGCGGUAUCAUUGGCCCUAUCCUCGGAGGUUUGCUCGAGCAUCCCGUACAGAAACUCCCCGGACUGUUUGGAAAGAGCCAGCUCUUUAGCGACUAUCCUUACCUGCUGCCUUGCUUGGUCGCCGCUGCUUUCACAGCCGUCGGCUCCUUCUUGACACUCUUCAUCGGCUACGACGGCGGCCCUCGCACUGGUGCCAUCCAACUGCCCGAGAAGGGCGAUAUCGAGAGGGCUGCCAACCAAGUCGGCAGCUUCGGACGGUCUGCAGGCCAGCGCAUCAGCGGCUACUUCAGCAAUGCACGCAGUGCUGGAGAGUCCGAUCUCAGCCUGUCACGCAAUUUUGGGAACGCAUGCCAGAGCAGCAGUAGGAGCGGCCACUCAACGCCCGAUGUCGGGCAUGGCCCCAGCAAGAUGCCGCGUACUUUCACUCAGCAGGUCGACUACGAAACGGGCGGCCCGCCUUCUCCCGUCCCAAGCGAGGGCACCAUCAUCACGCACAACAACACCACCGUUAACGACUCAGAAUUUUCGCGAGCCGACCACCUACCACGCAGACAGCGCCUCUUUUCGCGCACCGAAGAGCGGCAGCGCGCCAUCCUCGGCGGCGGCUCGGCCUACGGGUAUGACAGGCGUAUGUCGCGAUCCUCGGCUGCACCUGGACCAGCUUCCGAGCGUCCUGGUGUGGGUCCGCGCUCCGAGUCGUUCGCCCACAGCAGGACGGCUGGCCGCAACUCGUUCUCCUCGACCAACCACUACGCUCCGGACUUUGAAGAGAUCGGACAACGCCCGGGACUCAGCUUUGCGCAGAGGUUUUUGCUGGCCCAGGACGAUUCAGUGUUUACAAUCUCGGAUCUGUGGGUCGCUGCUGCGAUCAAUGGCGAUGAGGCGUACGAGGACGUGUUCGAGGAAGAUGAAGACGAUUUGGAGAACGCGUCGUACGAGGACGGUAGCGAAUUCGAGGACUCGAUAGCCGAAAACUCGAUCGACGAAGAGGAUGAGGAGCAGGAGCAGGAUCCGCACGAGCGAUCGUCGUUGCUGGCGCCCAGGCACCUGCCACCGCUCAAUUUUGCGCAGCGCAAGCUGUCCCGGGCUGGUUUUUCGGAUGCCGGGCGAUCGCACGCUUCGUCGCGCCCGAGGUCGAUGCGAAGGUCGAGCGGUACGAGAGUGCCGAGUGUCUAUGCGAACACUGGCAUUGAGAGUCCGAUGCUCUCGCCGGCGCACCGCGGCCCGCUGUCGCCAUCGAUCGACGGUGUGGCUGGUCCUUUGGGUGCGUCUGCGUCAACUGGGGCGCAGCAGGGUCGAGCGGACAGUACGUGGGAUCCGACGCUGGCGGGUAUCCCUGAAUCCCACUCGAACCGCAACAGCCUUUCUGUGCCCGGGCAACGACGAAACGGUGGGUCUUCGCCUGCGUCGCAACGGCAGUCGAUGAUGGCUUUCGCCCCAAGCAACCCCGCAGCAGCCGGCGGGAAACCAGUAUCGCUCUUCACGCUGCUCCCUACUGCGAUCAUUGCGCACUACGGACUGAUGGCGUUCCACUCGUCGACGUUUGACCAGGUGUUCAUGGCCUUCCUCGUGACGCCCGAGCCGUCUGGAGGCCUUGGGCUCACCGCCUCACACUUUGCCCAACUUAUCUCGGCGAUGGCAUUCUGUCAGCUUAUUUUCCAAUUCGUCUUCUACCCGCGCAUCGGACCGCCGCAGGGCAAGCUGUCGCAUUUGGCCAUGCUGCGCUUGGGCACGGCGAUCUACCUGCCCUGCUACACGCUGUUUCCGCUCUUGAGGGGUAUGCUGCACCCGGAGACCGACGGAUUCGUUAUGGGCGGGAUGAUCUUUUUCGCGUCGUUGAGGUGGUUGGCCAAUGUGUGUGCGUUUACUGCGGUGAGCGUGUUGAUCAAUGCCAUGACGCCGCCCCAUCUGACGCCGUUGGCCAAUGGCUUGGCGCAGACGACAUCGAGUGCUGCCAGGUUUGUCGGGCCUAUCAUCGGCGGUUUGAUCUGGGCAAAGGGGAUCGAAGGUGGGCCCGAUAGCCAUAGUUGGCCGUUCAACUAUCACCUGGGCUUCUGGUUCGUUGGACUCGCCGCUUUCACUGGGUUCCUGUUCACCUGGAGGAUCAAGUAA